AGAUGGGCUCCUCCUCCCUCCUCCUCUUCCCCUCGUCCUCCUCCGCCCACCGCUCCUCUUAUUCCCAUGCCACCGCCGCCUCCGACUCCUCCUCAUCCCACCUGCUCCCCUAUCCUUCCCACCUCCUCCUCUACCUCCACCACCAAGAACCAGCCGCCAGCAUGGUCCGAAAGCGCCCCGCGCCCGACAUGGACCUGCCCCCGCCGCGCCGCCACGUCACGGGGGACCUCUCGGACAUGACCGCCGGAGCGCCCGUGCUCUCGUCCGCCACCGCGCAGCUGCCCGCGCUGCCCACCCAGCUGCUCCCGCCAUUUCAGCUCCAGCAGCAGCACCAGCAAGUGCCGGAUCAUAUGGACGCCGCGCCGGGGAACACCACGGCGUUCGUGGACGGCAUCAUCCGGGACAUCAUCGGGAGCAGCGGCGCGGGGGUCUCCGUCGCGCAGCUCAUCCACAACGUCCGCGAGAUCAUCCACCCCUGCAACCCCGGCCUCGCAUCCCUCCUCGAGCUCCGCCUCCGGUCCCUCCUCGCCUCCUCCGACCCCGCCCCGCCGAACGCUCUCCUCCCCGACGCCGCGCCCACCGCCGCAAUGCCCAUGGCGGCGCUCCCUCCCCCUCCAGACAAGCGGCGCCGCGAGGAGGAGCGGGAGCCGACCAACCCACCACAAUCCCCCAAGCCCCCCUCCGCGGAGGAGACCGCCGCGGCCGCAGCGGCCGCCGCCGCCGCCGCCACCGCGGCGGCCAAGGAGCGGAAAGAGGGGCAGCGGCGGAAGCAGCGCGACGAGGAGGGGCUCCACCUGCUGACCCUCCUGCUCCAGUGCGCGGAGUCGGUGAACGCGGACAACCUGGACGAGGCGCAGACGGCGCUGCUGGAGAUCGCGGAGCUGGCCACGCCCUUCGGCACCUCCACGCAGCGCGUCGCCGCCUACUUCGCGGAGGCCGUGUCCGCGCGCCUCGUCAGCUCCUGCCUCGGCCUCUACGCGCCCCUGCCCCACGCCUCCCCGGCCGCCUCCCGCCUCGUCAACGGCCGCGUCGCCGCCGCCUUCCAGGUCUUCAACGGCAUCAGCCCGCUGGUCAAGUUCUCGCACUUCACCGCCAACCAGGCCAUCCAGGAGGCGUUCGAGCGGGAGGACCGCGUGCACAUCAUCGACCUCGACAUCAUGCAGGGCCUGCAGUGGCCGGGCCUCUUCCACAUCCUCGCCUCCCGCCCCGGCGGCCCGCCCAGGGUCAGGCUCACCGGCCUCGGCGCCUCCAUGGACGCGCUCGAGGCCACCGGCAAGCGCCUCUCGGACUUCGCCGACACCCUCGGCCUGCCGUUCGAGUUCUGCCCGGUGGCGGACAAGGCCGGGAACCUUGACCCGGACAAGCUCGGCGUCACGCGCCGCGAGGCCGUCGCCGUCCACUGGCUGCACCACUCACUCUACGACGUCACCGGCUCGGACUCCAACACCUUGGGUCUCAUCAAGAGGUUGGCGCCCAAGGUGGUGACAAUGGUGGAGCAGGACCUGAGCCACACGGGGUCCUUCCUGGCGCGGUUCGUGGAGGCCAUCCACUACUACUCAGCGCUGUUCGACUCCCUGGACGCCAGCUACGGCGAGGACAGCCCGGAGCGGCACGUCGUGGAGCAGCAGCUGCUGUCGCGGGAGAUCCGCAACGUGCUCGCCGUCGGCGGGCCGUCCCGCACCGGGGACGUCAAGUUCGGCAGCUGGCGCGACAGGCUCGCCCGCUCCGGCUUCCACGGGGCGUCGCUGGCCGGCAGCGCUGCCGCGCAGGCCGCGCUGCUCCUCGGCAUGUUCCCCUCCGACGGCUACACGCUCGUCGAGGAGAACGGCGCCCUCAAGCUCGGAUGGAAGGACCUGUGCCUGCUCACCGCCUCGGCGUGGCGCCCGAUUCAGACCUCGUCAGCGCGUUAGAAAUCUGUAGAGCUCAUGUUACUACCGCUACUAGUUCUUACUUAGGAGUAAUGCCAUUUCCUAGUUCUUUUGCCUCUUCAUUCAGCUCCUCAUAUUUGGUCAAUUCUGAGUUAAGGAAAGGAAAACAUCCCGAUCCACUAAUUGCUACAUCUCUCCACUUACAUUUGGUAAGUACUAAUGCUCAGCUCAGUUUCAUGGUA